CCUUGCAAACGUUUCAUUUAAAGAGCAGAGCUCAUUUGUUAAAUAUCAACGAAAAUCGAAGCGCGUUAGUGAGUUUAACGAAAUUGUUGUUCGAAAAAAAGCAAAUUUCAAAAAAAAAAUUAAAAAAAUUAAUGUGAGCUAAAGAAUAAUUUCCCUAGAAAAAGUGAUUUUGUUAAUCUAGAAAUCUAGAACAGAGAUUUUUAAAAUCUCCCCUUUAACGAAAAAGGGAACUCCAAGACUUCUAAGUGGAUAUUUUGUGGAUUAAAGCAAACAAAAAAUGAAUUUGUAUCUCUUGCUGCUAGUCUCCUUGACCUGCUUUGCCGCUUUCAGUCAUACGGCGGCGGCGGCGUCGUCAACUACCAACAGCCUAACAGCCACCACUGCCAAACCCCAAACACGGUCUGUGGAGGCCGACGAUAAUGAAGACGAUGAAUUUGAGACGCAGGCCCAAACACACUUAGGCUACCGACAUCAACAGCAACAACAACAACAGCCACUGUAUGAUUAUUCACAAUCGGAAGAGGAUCAAGAGGAACCACCACGUUCGAUCUAUCAGACGCGUAAACAACAACAGAACGUUUAUCAGAGCGGUAAGGGCUCGAAGAAGCAAUCGAGCGAGGAGGAACUUGAAGAGGAAGAAGAGGAACCUGAUCGUUUGUCAUUGCUGUUGGCGCAAUCAAAAUUCAAUUGUCAGGGAAAGACCACAGGUUACUACGCCGAUGACACACUCAACUGCGAGGUAUUCCAUUAUUGUCAGGAAAAUCAACGCCAUUCCUGGAUAUGUCCCGAAGGUUUCACCUUCCAUCAAAUCCAUUUGAUUUGCAUGCCACCAUCCAAUGACAAUAAUUGUCAGCAAUCCUCCAAGUAUCACAUUGUCAAUGAGUACCUCUACAAGCCGGUCAAUUUGCAAGAGCAUCAGAGCAAACCCAAUGUAACGCUGCGCUAUUCGGAACGUUAUUAUCCUGAGAAUUUCUAUGAUCAUGAACGUGAUCGUUACGAUGAAGAGGAUGAAGCACCCAGACAACGUGUGCAGCAUCACAGACAACCGCUUCAAAUUGGAUUCAAUCAACAACAGCAGCAGCAACAACAACAACACGCUCAACCUCAAUACCAAAGGACUCCAACUUCGGCAGCCCCCUUGCAACAACCUGCCAUACGUCAUCAACCGACCCAUCAUCAGCAGCAACAGCAGCAGCAACAACAAUAUACCCAACCCCAACAGACAGCUGUCUAUCGCAAACCAGUGGCAGUGACCACCAUACAGCCACAGAUUCAACCACAAAUUCAACAAAUUCGCUCACAACCACCCCUCGCCACAGCCACUCCCUCACCCUAUCGCUAUUUCACAGCCCUACCACAAUUGCACCACUUGCAGCAACAUCACCAGCAAACGCAGCAGGUCUAUCGAACUCCCGAAGAGAUCAAUAUAUCCCUGCAACAGAGACGUCCCCAGAUUUUCAUAGCCAAUACAACACCGCGCUAUUAUGAGGAUGAAUAUUUGUACGAGAGAAAGUAAACAGGGGGGGUGACGAAAUCAGGCCUGUGGGGCAAGUGAUCUUCGGGUAUAGAGGAUAGUGAAGCAGCUUUCUAUUGUAAGACCCAGGCGGCACCUCAAGCAACUUUGCCACUUCCGUUUUCUCUUUGGGUUCUCGGCUUAUAGCAAACCAUGUCACUCCAAGUUCAUAUUCACUGUUUUGUUAAUGGGACCCAUUCCCACUCACCUCCCAUCCUUCGACCAAUGAUGUCUCCUUUAGGGGCGGAAGAAUGUAAUUUAAAUUAUGUUUAUCCUUAACUACUAUGCUUUAUAACUACUUUAUACUAUUUUUUCUUUAGGUUUUUAAGUUUAAUUUAAUUCUUAUUUAUGGGUCGUUCACACUUAAAGAUUGAACUUUAAAAUUUUCCACAAAAAUUGGAGGCCAACGAUGAAUUUUCUUUUAAAAAAUAAAUAUUUGUGAUUUUUAAUUAAAAUUGUUCAAAAAAAAUUCGAGCGUGUAAAGGACCCAUAGCGUAAUAAUGCGAAUAGUCCCAUACAAACACACACACACACACCUUAUCAUUAUCAAACACAUACAUGCAUACCUUAUACAAACAACAAAUGAGAUUUACUUUUUAUUACUUUUUUAACUUUAAAAUCUAUCCGAGUACAUUUAUAAGUUUUGAUUCUAGUACGAUUAGAUGUCAUUAUAGUUGUUGUUGUAAUGAAAUAAAUAAACAUGUCAAGUUGUAUUCUUACAUUAUUAAAUAAAUAUUUAUAAGUAUGUUUGAAAGAA